UUUAAAACCUUACUUUCCAGGUCGACACUCCUCUUUGCCGGAAUAAUAUCCGCGCAAAUAAAUAUUACACCACUAGAAGGAAACUCUGUAUUCGUAGAAAACAUAAGAAAAGGGUAUUUGUAUAGCGAUACUGCCAAUAUUAUUGUAGGCUUAGACACUAGCGACAUACACGAGCAAAUAAACACGAUAGAAUUACAUAAAUCGACAAUAAACUCACGCGCAAUCAGCAAAGAAUACGCUGAAGAGUUAGACGGAUUACAAAUUCGUAUCAAUAACCUGAAACAACUCGCAAAACACUUGAAAACGUUAAUACACACCCGAAGCAAACGAGGUUUGCUCAACAUCAUAGGUUCCGUAUCGAAAAGCCUCUUCGGAACUCUCGACGAGGACGAUCUUACACUCAUAAACGAAAACAUAGACAAACUAUUCGAUGACAACAAUAAAAUCAAGACUGUAAUAGCAAAUCAGACAGCACUUAUUAGGAAAAUUGUAAACUCGGAAAACCUAAACCACCUAGAGAAAUCAUAUAACGAUGUAUUAAAACAACAACAGCAGGCAAAUAUCGAUAGAUUUAUGCUUAAAAUGAUUAUAAAACUCGACACCGAGAUACAAACUUUACACUUUCAGUUAGACGAGAUACUUAACGUCAUAAUAUUAGGCAAACAGGGAAUAAUUAGCCCACAAAUACUCGACCCCGAUGAAUUUAUAGAAAAUUACGCCAAAGCGAUAGGCAGCCAGGCGUACAACACCGCGAUCUCGGCCAAAACCGAACAUUUUCAGUUUAUACUCGACAUCAGUGAUCUUAAAAUCUUCACAAUAGGUAAUAAAAUAUUCUUUAAAAUCAUAGUACCUUUAGUCUCUAACACGGAAUGGAAUAUAUUACAGGUAUAUCCUAUCCUGAGUAAGAGAAAUGGAAUAUUUUUGGCUCCAGUAGUCGAACAUCAGAUAUAUUUAACUUCAGGACUUUCAUUUAUAAACACUGAUAUCGAAUAUCUCGACAAACUUUGUAAAGAACGAGCCGGAACCACUAUAUGCAAGCAAACAAUACCAAUCCAUGACAGAAACUCGAGAACCGAUUGUCACAGUGAAAUAAUAAACUUCAAACCUUAUAUCGAACAUUGCCAAAUAACUGUGUUUAAGAUUGAAGACAUUAGCUUUAUACCACUCAGAACUAGCAACAGCUACAUUGCGAUACCAGCGAACCCGAUAGAAAUAGACACAAUUUGCCAAACGAAACACACCUUGCAAAAACUUGACAAGCCCUCUGUUAUAAGAGCCAACACUUCCUGCGAUAUAUUGUACAAA